UGUAAUUCAAAACCCUGGAAGGCUGCUGCAGUGCUUGUUCUACUUCAGUAUACCAUGAAUGCAGGAUGCAGCCAGUCAUAUAAAGGAUUCUCUUCUUCACAGAAUGGAAGAAAGACGUGAAGGACAAACCUGAAUGCAACCUGAAAGGUCCAAGUAGAUGAGCUUGUGACAUCCUGUGCCAGUGCCCAGGGACACCACAUACCCCGGCUGGGCCUAUUCAGAUCUGGACGACACUGAUUAAGACAACAAACAUUUUCUUCUCUCCCAAUUGUCACAAAAAAACAAGUGGGGCAAGCUGAAUGUCAGGAUGCAAGUCAUUACUAUUAUAAUGCUACUUCUUCUUUGUAAAGCAGCUGACUUUAGGAAAACAAGGAAUAGGAAUCUGAGAAAAAAUGAAAGGGAAAGCAUUUUAAGAAGAGCAUCUAGCACCGUUAAGCGCAAUGCCCAGGGCCAACCAUGCGAUAUAUAUGUUUACCUUCAUGAGAAAUAUCUAGAUUGUCAGGAAAGAAAAUUGGUUUUUGUGGCACAUGAUUGGCCUGAGGAUUUGAAGCACAUGCUGCUAGCAAGAAACAGGAUUCGUAAAUUGAAGAAUAAUAUGUUUUCUAAAUAUAAAGUAUUGAAAAGUCUGGAUCUACAGCAGAAUGAUAUAUCAAAAAUUGAGAGCCAGGCUUUCUUUGGUUUGAACAAACUUACCACACUCCUACUCCAGCAUAACCAAAUCAAGAGCUUAUCCGAGGAGAUUUUUAUUUAUACGCCCAGUCUAAACUACCUUCGUCUUUAUGAUAAUCCUUGGCACUGCAAUUGUGAACUGGAAACUCUUGUUGCAAUGCUACAAGUUCCAACAAACAGAAAUUUGGGAAACUAUGCCAAGUGUGUGCAUCCAAUUGAACUGAAAAAUCAGAAGCUAAAACAGAUAAAAGCUGAACAGCUAUGUAGCGAAGAGGACAGGCAAGAUCCCCAAAACAUAAAACAGAAGCCUGAAGCUACCAAACCAGAAUUUGAUUCUUCUUUGUGCCACAUGUAUGUGUUUCCUGUACCAACUCUGAACUGCAAGAGAAAAGAUUUAAAGAAAGUCCCAGGUAACAUACCUCCAGAUAUAGUUAAACUUGAUUUGUCCAACAACAAAAUUAGACAACUACGACCCAAAGAGUUUGAAGACGUCAGUGAAUUGAAGAUAUUAAACCUAAACAGUAACGGAAUAACUUACAUUGAUCCUGCUGCUUUCUCAGGGCUCAAUAACUUAGAAGAGCUGGAUCUAUCUAACAACAGCUUGCAGAAUUUUGAAUAUGGAGUACUGGAAGAUCUUUACUUUCUGAAAGUUCUGUGGCUGAGAGAGAAUCCUUGGAGAUGUGAUUACAACAUUCAUUAUCUUUUCUACUGGUUGAAGCAUCACUACAACGUCCACUACAAUGGCCUAGAAUGCAAAAUGCCUGAGGAAUACAAAGGGUGGUCUGUUGGAAAAUAUGUUCGGAGUUAUUACGAGGAGUGCCCUAAAGACAAGCUUCCCAUUUAUCCGGAAACUUUUGAUCUGGACAAAGACGAUGAGGAAUGGGAACGACACAAAGAAAAGUCAGUUCAAACAGUUAAAAAACACAGUGUAAUUGUCACUGUCCUAGGUUAAUAAGGACACUUUUUUUUCCCCAGUAAGUUCAAAUAUUUGGUACUCUGACAGAAAAAAAGAAAAAGGAACCCAACACGCUGUUUACAUUUUUGUUAAUGAUACGGAUUGCUAGACUAUUUGCCUACAAGGAUUUUAAUGCAGUUAAUUAGUACAGGAUGGCAUUAGUUACACAGAAUCCUUCAAUAAGUAGUUGUUUCUGACUGUUUGUUCUGCACACUCUUGUGAAAUAUUCUGGUAGAAAUUCAAAAGUAUGCAGUAAAAAUAGAUAGACCCAAAUGUAGACAUGUGGUGGGGAGGAGCUGUGCAUGAACAUUAUGUAUGAAUGCAGUUUAUGUGUUGACAUGGAGUUGCUGCAGGAUUGUGACCAACACAACUUUCAUGAAUGUAUUGCCAGUUCUUUGUAUCUAUCAGUUUCCUAAAGUAUUCCCAGAAAACAUUUUUUAAGAUUUUGUAUCAGCCACCUGUUGUUUUAUUGUAUAUAAAAAACAAAAAACUGAAGACUUAAAUACAGUUCUAGAAGAACGAGAAUGGUAGUUGUUAUACUGAUUAACAUUCAAACCCAGAAGCUGGGUUCUAUUUGCUGAUUUACCUGUGUUCCUAUUCAGUCCUAACUCAACAAUUCAGCUUCUGCCUCUUCUGUACCUGAGCUGCAUGUGGUAUUCAUACCACAUGCUGAUGUCCAUGCAAACUGAAGGUAAGUAUGCAUCUAAGUGCUUGUAGAAGAGCUGGAUCUCUUCAUCACACAGCUGUCUAUAUGAACAUAUAUUCUUAAAAACCUGUGAUUAUUGUAGUAUAAAGCCAUAGAAAUGCCCUGGCUAACCAGUCAGUACUUCUAAAGUUCCUUGCUAUGUAUUCCUUUACCAAAAAGAGUUAUUUUUACUGAAAGACUCCUACUAGCUUUUACAUAAUGCUUCUGUCUUUUUACAAUUUCUGCACCAUUAAAUGUUGAACUAGA